AGAUUUCACUACCCACCCCGGAAGCGGUUGCUUCAAGGUUUACGAAUUGGUGUUGGCUCUGGUACUACGAUGGGUUGCGACGGGGGAACGAUUCCCAAGAGGCACGAACUGGUGAAGGGGCCGAAGAAGGUUGAAAAGGUUGACAAAGAUGCGGAACUGGUGGCCCAGUGGAACUACUGCACACUCAGCCAGGAAAUUCUGAAGCGCCCAAUAGUGGCCUGUGAGCUUGGCAGACUUUAUAACAAAGAUGCUGUCAUCGAGUUUCUGCUGGACAAAUCUGCCGAGAAAGCACUGGGGAAGGCAGCGUCUCACAUCAAAAGCAUGAAGAGCGUGACAGAACUGAAGCUUUCUGAUAAUCCUGCCUGGGAAGGGGACAGAGGAAACACAAAGGGCGACAAGCACGAUGACCUCCAGCGGGCUCGCUUCAUUUGCCCAGUCGUGGGCUUGGAGAUGAAUGGGCGGCACAGGUUUUGCUUCCUCCGGGGCUGCGGCUGUGUGUUUUCUGAACGCGCCUUGAAGGAGAUCCGAGCAGAAGUUUGUCACACGUGUGGGGCUGCCUUUCAGCAGGAUGACGUCAUCGUGCUCAAUGGCACCAAGGAGGAUGUGGAGGUGCUGAGGAAGAGGAUGGACGAGAGGCGGCUGAGAGCCAAGCAGGAGAAGAAAACAAAGAAGCCCAAGGCGGCAGAGUCGGUUUCGAGUGCAGGCGUCAGUGAAGACUUGCCAGGGCCAUCCAAAAUCAAGAGCUGCAAGCCUGAGGAUCCCGGGCUGGAGAAGAAGGGCCCCUCGGCUCCCCGGGGUGCAGCAGCAGUGAGUGGGACCUCCUCUGGGAAGGCGGGGAAGCCCCCCGGCGCAGCCCCGAAGCGGUCCAUUGCAGACAGCGAAGAGUCUGAGACCUACAAGUCCCUCUUCACUACUCACAGCUCCGCCAAGCGCCCCAAGGAGGAGUCGGCCCACUGGGUCACCCACACGUCCUAUUGCUUCUGAGCGAACUGCGUUAUAAAGUCGCCCUGCCGGACCCAUCCCAUGUGGUCACUCUUGCGAGGCUCUACAGGGUCUGGGGAGGGGCAGGGCGGCUCACGACUGGCACUCCCUUAUGCACCUUGGCCUUCUUGGUCUGCAAAAGACGACUUCCCGCUGCCCAGGCUUCCCUGCUGCGGUCAUCCUCUGCUGGGGGAGCAGCCCAAGGGGAGUUUUGGAUCCCAGCCCUGCGGGCACCCUUGGGUAACACUUGACCACACAGCUCUGGAAGGAGCCGAGCCUUGUCCGGCACGCUUGGGCGAGGGGUCUGUCCUCAUUUUGAGCAGAGUAGAGGGUAGCUGAGUGCUUAAUAAUGUGAUACAGAAUAAAGUCGUCUGCCUUUUCCCUUAC